UACAACCAGGCAAAGAAGAUAGAUUAGAAGAGAGUAUAUUAUUAAUAUACAGCAUAAUAUAUAUAUAUAUAAAUUAUAUAUAUAAUAUAACAGAUUAAAAUCUCUUUCUUCGUCUAAUCUAAACGACGUUUCCGGCUAUAGUCAUCUAUAUAAACAACCAUUGACCUUCCUCUACGACUAACCAAGUACACUAUAAUGUUUUUUUAUGUAAAUGGAAUACUUUCUUAUGUAACUCACUUCAAGAGCAUCGUUUAAUACUAAUAUGAAGAAUUGAGAAACUACUCAAAUGACAAAAUGCUUGCGUUGCUACAACGUUGCAGAAAAAGCGAGUUGGAAAGGCCAGUUUAUUACAUUGUUGCUUGUAAUAUAGAAGAGAUUUUACAUUACGUGAAAAGUAUACAUUAACAAAUAAAUAUUUAUAAUAUUUAUUGAGAAAACUUCUAAAUAUAGCCAACAAAUCGUCUACUCUCUUUGACUGGAUAAAACUGUUUACUCGUUCUAAGAAUAGAAGGGGAUGGGGAAGCGUUUCUAUUGGUCUGAUGAUAUGGUUAGGAUUUAUUGGUCUAACCGCAUUAAUAGGACCGCACAGAGUAGUUCAUAGGACUUAUGAAUUAGAGAGAAAGGAAAAUUUAGCCUGGAAUUCUUUCAAAAUAAACAACGGAGGAGAUGACAAAGUUGUUUCUAUGGAAAAUGGCAGAGACGCUAUUAAUAAAGCUGGUGGAGACGAGAGAUUUUUGGUAUUCGAGUGCGGCUUAUCAAAUAGUCCCUGUAACGGAUGGGGAAAUCGAAUUGCUGGUAUAUUCAAUGCAUAUAUCCUAUCAGUAAUAUCCAAUAGAACGUUUGCGAUUCAUUUGAGGGAACCAUGCGAUCUGGUGAAAUAUUUUUUACCCAACAAAAUCAACUGGUAUAGAAAAUUUCCCCAAAAAGUUGAUGUUCUCUAUAGCGGCGCUUCUAUUCAAAGUUUAAGCUCCGGCGCUAAAUUUCAACUAUACGAUAAUCUCUUUAAUAAAAGUCUAACGGUAAUAUCGGUGAAAUUUUUCACUUAUCACUCAAUUCACUAUAUGAAGCAUAAUAAUCAAUUUAAGAAAAGAUUCAUUGAAAUGGGCUUCGACGAAGACAAAAUUAAAUCAAUGACUUUUUUCAAUUUACCGUUUAAUGAGAAUAUAUUCGAUUUGUUAUUUAGAUUAACGCCAGAGAUUGAAUAUCAAGUGAAUAAAUACUUUGAUAAGAAAACAAAAAUGAUAUGCGCUCAUAUUAGAACUGGCAAUGAUGGUGAAGUGUUGAAACCGUAUCAUGUUCAAGUAAGAGAGAAUAUUGAAUUUAUUGGUAAAUUUAUUCAAGAACAAUCAGAGAGGGAUGAAUAUAAAACGGCCGAUAUAUACAUUGCUACCGAUUCUACAAGUGCCAUUGCUAAAUUAUCCAAAUUUAUUAAGAAGCCAUUACUAACCUCUGAGGGUUCUAUUGUAAAUAUUAAAAGAAUUAAAAUAAACGGUUCAACGCCCUCAACGCAGAAAGCUUGUGAUGGUUUAAGGAAAGUUAUCCUCGAUUGGUAUAUUCUAAGUAAUUGCAACAAUGUAAUUCGCGCCCCUGGAAGUACAUUUUCUGGGACGGCAAUGAUUAGAAAGAGAUACUCUGAAGUUUUCAAGUUCGUUUACUGGAAUAAUAAACCUUCUUUUGUACACGAUGAUUUAUUUAUGUAAAAGAUUAGUUGCUAUGCUAAAUUUGUUAAAUGUAAACAUGUUACAGGAUUUAUAAUAAAC